AUGAUUGCUUCUAUACUCAAGAGAUGGAUAUCCAUGCUGCAAAGAGUUGGACAUUUUUAUAGUUUUGUACAUGAGCCAUUAAAUAUACUUUGGGGUGUGCACUUGCUGCAAAUUCCUGCUGAAGUUCAUGAGGCCAAGUUUCCUUUUAUGAUUCCGCAUGUUAAAGCAUCGUCUCCUCCUAUAUCUUCUUCAAUCCAGAAGGUACUUCCCCACUCAGAUGAAGGGAGAGAGGUCACUUUGGGCACAAUGUCAAGCAGUGGCCGAUAUGAAGUUCUCAUAUGUAGUAUCAUGCCAGUUAUAUGGGUUUCAGAAAAGAUCUGGCGAUCCUCGUGCACAAGAUAUAUUACGACUUAUGACAACCUUACAUUGAUGAAGUUGAAGAAAUCUUCAGAGUCGGGACAGAGUCUAGAUGAGGCACAUCAGUACAGACAAUGA